AUGGAACACCUCAGACGGCUGCUCUCGCGGUCCAGUAGAAAGCCGCCGAAGCACAAGCCUCAGCACAAGCUGCUAAAGCAUCUGGGAGAGCCCACUUCACCGACGGCACAGCACUUGCUGUCAGGGGAAGCGGAGGGCCCCUCCGUGCCCUUGAGCUUUAAGAGUCCACAGAAAUGCUCAAAACAAAGCCUUAUUGUAGGAGAAAGCGGCUCUUCGUUGGGGUUGCCUCUCUCCAGAGGCUUCUCCAUUGACUCCCUCUCCUUACUUUUGCAUCAGCCACGCCUCAGCGAGAAAGCCGAGGCAUUAGGGGCUCCUCCAUCAGAGUCACUAGCGGCAGCAGCACCAGCGCAGACGCCGUUGUCACUAGCGAAAUGGCAGUCAAAAACCUCAGAAAAUCCCACCCUUCUCGCAGCACACCCACGAGGAAGGCCUAGGAGCAGGCCCUAUCCCAGGUGUUCUCCGUGGACCCCUUGUUCUGCCGCUGAAGAGGCGGAGGUGUAUCGGCUUGAAUCUCUGCUCGGACAAAAUGCCUCGCUGAGGACUCGAAAGCCCCUAAGGCAGACUGCAAAAUGCAUCCCUGGCGGCAACAGGCCCGCGACUCUGGGGCCCCCAUGCAGCCGUCGACACUCAGCACUGACUGCCGACGCCUCCAUCUCGCUGCUCAGCGAGGAACGCGAGUGCUCCGCAGCGAAGGCUGCCGCAGUGGCAGCCGCUACGCUGCUCUCUUCUUGUGCGUCUGAGGCUACCGCUUCCCCUCCUUCCUCUCCCUGCACAGAGCGAAGCCCACCCCCACUGCCUGACUUGUCGAGAUGCAUGAUGCCAGCAGCUUCGUCGAACAGUGAACCCGCAUAUACGACGCCGACACCAGCAGAAGGUGAAACCACACCCUCUACGUGCCCCCAGACGCCUCCUGAUGCUCCCCUGCUGCAGUCUAAGCGAGCGCAGCUCUUAAAGCCACAGAACACCCGUAGAAAAUCAGUUCCACUGCUUCUAAGAGCAGCUGCAGAAGAAGAACUGGGUGCUGAGUCAACUGUAGGGGGGGGCAAAGAGGCCUUGUACGAGGGCAUUUCGCGGAUUGAAAAAAAGGCAGAGAUGACAUAUUUUUCGCCAGCAGCAGAGGCGACCGGUGCCGCUGCAGCUGCCCUCACUACUCAUAACAAACCAAUGCGACAAUCGCCCUCUUACACCUUCACGCAGUUGAGUUGUGAGCAGAAACAGCAGCAGCAGCAACCGCCGAGUGAGAGACGUGCAUCAGCCUUCGUUUUGCCGCUGAGACCCUCCGCGCUGGUCCGGAUGUCGCAAACUCUUCGCAGACAGCAACAAAAACAGCACCAAAAGCAGCAGCAAACCCAGCACAACGCACUACGAGCCUCAGCAAAGGCAGCUUCUGCUGCCAAACUAUCAGAUACCACAGCCUUGUGA